AUGCCCAAUAGCGAUGCCACGUUUGUCGACGUUAUACACACCGAUGCCAAUCCGUUUCUAACACGUGGUGGUUUGGGCAUGAGCCAGGCCAUUGGCCAUAUUGAUUUUUAUCCUAAUGGAGGCAGCGAUCAACCUGGUUGCACCCAGGACAAAAUACAAUCAUUUUUGAACGGGGGCUUUAUGGAGGGCACUCGACAGUUGGUGGCGUGCAAUCAUCUCCGGCCCACCGACUACUUCAUCGAAAGUGUUAACCCAAAGCCCAAUGCGAGUCAAUUAUGCCGAUUCAGGGCCCAGUCGUGCGACUCAUGGCAACGCUUUUCUAUGGGGAAGGGAUGCGACGGUUGCGGUCGCGCGGGUCGACUGUGCGCUCAAAUGGGCUUUCAUUCGGUCGACUGGUUUAGGAAUCGCAGGAAUUCCAAGAAUUUCUAUCUCACGACUCGUGCGGAACAACCCUUUUGUGGCUUUCAAUACAAAGUGUCAAUACCGGUGACUCGUUUGGAUAACGUCACCAAAAUAGCAUAUUCGGGGCGAAUGUCAUUGAAAUUCCCGUCGGAACAGGACUUUCAAGAUUUUAGCAAAGAUGUACUGGACAUUAAGCACAACACUACCUAUCAUUCAGUGUAUAGCCUACGGACUGAGCAAAAUCUCGGUGCAAACGACGCAUACAUUGAGUACAAGUGGUCGGAAAACACAUUUGAUUUACUGGACACUAACACCUGGGGCUGGGAUUCACUGUUAAAACAGACCGUCUCUCGACACCGAUAUACCUUAAUAGUUAAUACGAGCAAUCAACUCCAGGACAACCCUCCCGGUGCUUGUUAUGGAGAUUUAGGCUGUUUUAACAUCACCGCCGACUUUAAGCACCUGAUGUACCGGCCAUACAAUGUAAUGCCUGAGCCACCGGACAAAAUAAAGACCAAGAUCUUUAUGUAUACCCGUAUUAAGCCUACCAAACGGCUCCGGGUGGGCGACCAGUGGCUUGUUUACAGGCAAUCAAGGCAGGCAACUUUUUUGCCUGAUUUUAAUGGUAGUAAAAGGACAUUGUUUAUUAUUCAUGGAUUUGUUGAUAACUUAUCGUAUGGUAAAUGGAUUACGCGAUUAAAGGAUGAGUUACUUAUUAAUGGCGAUUAUAAUGUGUUUGUUGUCGACUGGUCUGAAGGCAAUGUUAUAUUAUAA